CUACUGAUCUCAGCCUUUCUAUCGGUGGUCGUAUCCUGUCUACCGACACUUAUGUUCUCGAGAUGAGGGACUUUGACCUCAUUCUCGGUAUGGAUUGGCUAACACAUUUUCAUGCAGAUAUUCGAUGCCACGACCGGGAGAUUACUCUUUAUCUUAUGGGAGAUGAUCAUAUUACUUUCUUGGGCACCAAGACUCAUUCUUUACCUCAUGUUAUUUCCAUGGCGAAAGCCAAAAAGAUGUUACGACGAGGUGUUUGUCAGGGUUAUCUGUUGAGCCUUGUCAGCGAUGAACCAAAAGCACGGACACCUCACAACGUUCCUAUUGUUCGUGAGUUUGUGGAUAUGUUUCCGGACCAACUCCUAGGAGGACCAUUUAACCGGCAGGUGUUCUCUAUUGAUCUCAUUCCAGGAGCCGGCCCAGUUUGCAAAGCCCCUUACCGAAUGGCGCCGAAAGAAUUGCAGGAAUUAAAGACCCAAAUCCAGGAGUUAUUGGAACUUGGUUUUAUCCGACCGAGUGUCUCACCAUGGGGAGCACCCGUUCUUUUCGUUAAGAAGAAGGACGGUUCUAUGCGCAUGUGUACUGAUUACCGGGAUCUCAACCGGUUGACUAUCAAGAAUAAAUAUUCGCUUCCCAGAAUCGAUGACUUGUUCGACCAGCUGAGGGGAGCCUGUGUGUUCUCCAAGAUUGAUUUACGAUCAGUUUACCAUCAGCUGAAGAUCAAGGAGUCAGACAUUGCAAAGACCGCUUUUCAUACCCGAUACGGUCAUUAUGAGUUCGUAGUCAUGCCAUUUGGCCUCAGCAAUGCUCCAGCGGUAUUCAUGGACCUGAUGAACC